ACUGUCGUUGAGGUAAAUGAAUCCGUAAAUUGCUUGUCAAUUGUAUUUGACAAUGUCGGGCCUAUCUGAUGAGACAGCAGGAGACCUCCCUGUGAAGGAUGUCGGCAUGAACCUGGCUGGAAUUGGUGGCUUGCAAGAAUCAUCUGGUGCACAGAAUACUAGAGCUCGUCAAGCCGUGUCUCGUAUUUGCCGUGAAGAGCUGGAAGAUCGCUUUCUUCGGCUACAUGAUGAAAACCUUUUACUCAAACAACAUGCACGAAAACAAGAAGAUAAAAUUAAAAGGAUGGCUACUAAGCUAAUUAGGCUUGUUAAUGAUAAGAAGAGGUCUGAGAUGGAGAGUGGCGGCACCAAGCGGAUAGGCAGGGACAUUGAAAUGGAAGAGAUGAUUGAGGAACUGCAGGAAAGAGUUUGUGAAUUGGAGAAGCAGAAUGAUGGGCUGAAGAAUCGACUGGUAGCGACUAAACAGCAGCUACAAGUGCAAGGCCGUAGAAACACACCAUACAGUUAUGUACAAUCACGUGUAAAUACUGGCCUCAGAAAAGUUCAUGAAGUUGCCUUUACACAAGGAAAUCUUAAAAAAGGAAUUAGAGUUCAAGAUCCAGAGUUGACAACAAGAUCUACCCACCCUAUGUUUCCCAGAUACGGACAUAGCUUGCUUGAAGAUGCCAGGGCUGAAGUGCGAAAUCUGGAGAAUUGCAUUGAAUCCCAGAAGGUGCAGAUGGAAGAUAUGGAACAGUCUAUUGAGAUAUUGAGAGAACAGAUGAGGAAGAAGGAUAAAGAAUAUGAGGAGUCCCUUCUGCAUCUCAGAGAGGAUCAGGCAACAGGACAGAGGACAGCAAUCAAAGACAAUGUGGAGAUGAUAAAGCUACAGAAACAGCUUGUGGAGAAAGGAGCUGCACUUACUGUCUUGGAGGGAAAAUAUUUGCAAAUUCAGGAGAACCAGAAAACCAUGAAAGCCAGUCACAAUGCUUUAAUGAGUAAAGUUGAUGAACUGAAUGCACAGCUGAAAGAAGAACGUUCUAAGUGCCUUUUUCUUGAAAAUCAGCUCCACUCAACUUCAUUUUCUCAACAAACAACUGUAGAGUUACAAGAGAGAGUCAGCGACUUACUAAAGGAAAGAGAUCUUUUGAGGGAAAAUUAUGACAAAUUAUACAACAGUGCUUUUGACAUGACCCAUGAACAAGAGUGGAAGUUGAAGGAACAGCAGCUGAAACUACAGAUUGCACAGCUCGAGACCGCACUAAAAUCUGACCUGGCUGACAAAAAUGACAUCUUGGACAAAAUAAAACUGGAAAGAGAAAAAAAUGAACAACUCUCCCAGGAGAACAAAGAGCUUCAGCUGCACUAUCUUGAACACAAGCAACAGUUGGAUGAACUGAAAGAGCGCAUGAAGUUCUUCACCAAAGAGAGUGAUAUUGAUGUGACUGAACUCAGCGAAGCACUGAUGCUCAUAAAGGUUCGUAAACACGAGAAAAAUGGACAUGUUGAAUUCCUGGAGAAAGUGGAGGAUGACAUUAAGAAAGAUUUGGAAUACUCUGUGCGAGAGCUUCAGGCAACACAUGCAGAGACUGUUCAAGAACUUGAAAAGACAAGAAAUAUGUUACUAAUGCAGUACAAAAUCAAUAAGGAUUAUCAGACUGAAGUUGAUACUGUGACACGGAAGAUGGAAGAUAAUAACCGAGAAUAUGAGAUUAAACUGGAACAGUAUGCACAGCUGCUUGACAUUAGGGCCGAUCGAAUCAGAAAACUUGAAGCCCAACUCAAAGACAUAGCCUAUGGCACCAAACAAUUCAAAUUCAAAACAGAAAUAACAACCGAUGAUGAAGUUGAUGAAAUUGAUGAAACUGUCCAUUUAGAGCGUGGAGAAAAUUUAUUUGAGAUCCAUAUCAGCAAAGUGAUCUUCUCUUCUGAAGCUAUUAAGGCUUUUGGAGAACAAGAACCUGCUAUUUUCUGUACCUAUGCUUUCUAUGACUAUGAACUCCAGUCCACCCCUGUAAUACAUGGACUACAGCCAGUAUUUGACUUCACAUCUCAGUACGUUGUCCGAGUGGACGAUGUCUUCUUACAGUAUUUACAGCAAAACACAGUAAAACUCGAGGUACAGCUUGCAUAUGGCACAGACUAUGAAACAAUUGCAACAUGCCAGUUGAGAAUGCAUGAAAUCCUCGAAAAGAAUGGCAGAAUUUUUGGCACUGCAUUUUUGGUUGGUGGCAGACAAGAUUCUGAAAAUUAUGGAACAAUUGAGUAUUGGUUUCGUCUACGUGUGCCAAUGGCUCAGGCUAUUCGGCUUUACAAAGAACGAACAAAAGCACUAGGAUAUAUAGCUUCCAUUCAUCAUUCAGAUGAUCAAAUGCAACAGGCACACACUACAGCUCUGACAGAUGGUAAUCUGAAUGAACUUCAUAUUAUUAUAAAAUCCUGUGACAAUCUGCAAGCCAGAAGGAAGAAUCACCAGCCAAAUCCUUAUGCUGUCUACAAGUUCUUUGAUUUUGCAGAUCAUGAUACAGCCAUUAUUCCAAACAGCAACGACCCACACUUUGAUGAUCACAUGAAAUUUCCAGUACCAAUUAAUACAGAACUUGAUCGAUAUUUAAAGUCAGAAUCAUUAACUGUUUAUGUGUUUGAUGAUGCAGAACCUGAUGAUACUUUUUACCUAGGAAAAGCGAAAGUUCCCCUUAUUUCAUUAGCUCACAACAAGUAUAUCAUAGGAACAUUUGAACUCAUGAAUCUUGAAGGACUAGUCAAUGGCACAAUAAAUGUUGAAAUAAAAUGGAUGGCUUCAUACUUGCCAUCAAAUGAAUCCAUAAUGAGAGUUGAUCAACAUGAGGUAAUCCCAAAGGAAGACCGAGAAAAGUUGCCAGUAAAAGAGGAAUUCAACAAAUCUUCACCUACAGUAUCUGAGGAUCCAGUUUUGAAACCUCAAAAGCAAAUACCUGAUCGUGAAGAAAGAAGAGUGUCAUGGGCAGAUAUGGAUUCUUCUGAGAGUCUCCUAACUAAAGGAGCAAAACGUUCUGACGUUCAUAUUGCUGAUGUUACAAGCAAAACAAAUGAGGCAAAAAUUGCUACAACAGAGCCGGAACCAAUUAAUCAGACACAGAUUGUCACAGAUGCAGAGUUGGAAAAUGCACAAGGAUCGGAGAAUGAUGAGGAGAGCUCAGAUUUCUCUGCAGAGCUGACUUCCACUAUUUCUGGAAUAACUGAAAAACUAGAUGAUACAGAGCCUGGCCAAGUUGAUGAUGAUGUUGAGGAAUCAAUAACGGACAGUGAUGAUUGUAUUGUCCCAGGCCGGCUGUCAACACACAUAAAGCAGCCAUCAGAAAAGAUCCGGAUUGAGAUUGUAUCUCUCACUCUGAACGAAGAUACUCAAAUCCUGAAGGAUGAAACUAUUCAACGAUUGUUUGUUGAAUACAGGUUCUACAAUUUGCCAGCUGAGGAAACGCCAAUGUCUCUUCCAAAGCCAUACAAUGGACAAUGGAUUUAUUACAAUCACAGCAAUGUGAUCUAUGUGGAUCAAGAAAAUAACCAGCAAAGGAGGCAAUUCCUUUGGUCAGUACUCCAGGGAUUGGAGUUAAACCUCGAGAGUGUAAAAUUUACAAUAGUCAGUGAUCCACCCGAAGAUGAGCAAGACUUGGAGUGUGAAGAUGUCGGCGUUGCAUAUGUUAAUCUGAGAGAGCUUUUCCAAAAGAAAGAAGACAUUAUUGAACAGGACAUUGACAUUGUUGAUUCACAGGACAGCACAUUGGUGAUUGGGAAAUUAAAAGUGACGGUGGAGGCAUUGGAGGCACUGCUUUCAAUCUAUGAAGAGAACAAAUAAAGGCAAUCGGAAAAACACACAGUACUAGAUGUUUUGAUAUGGAUAAUGUUUUCUUGUAAGACACUGAAAUAUGUUUAUUUCCAUAUCUGAGCACCAUAAUUAAGAUCAACAAUGGUUAUUUGAUAUUCUUCACUUUCAUCUUCUGUUUUCUUUGUUCUUUAUUCAUUCCAUGGAAUUUGUUUCUCUGAUUUUUAUUUAAUAUAGUUGAACACUCAACCUUACA